AUGGCAACCGAGCAUUAUGAGUUGGUGAAUGAGAUGGCAUCCAUUGAACGGAUGACAACUCAGGAUCGACUGAAGCAUGCCAAGAAACGUCGGUCACAGCAGCUCAAGAAAUGGAAUCAGUAUGAGAAACAGCUGGAAAAAGAAAGUGGGAAAAAAUCAAAAAAGAAAGGAGCGCAGCAGAAACCGGCUUCAACAAAAUCAAAACGAGGAUCUGAUCGAGUCAGGUUUGUGGCGAACAUUGCCCUUCUGGAGUCUGCAGCCAGGAAUGAUCUAGAGGAAGUUCGUCGGUUACUAAACAGCAGUGUGAGCCCAGAUGUCACAAAUGAGGAUGGACUGACAGCAUUACACCAGUGUUGUAUCGACGACAAUGAAGAAAUGCUUAAGCUUCUGUUGGAAUUUGGGGCCAAUGUUAAUGCAUGCGACAGUGAGAUGUGGACGCCACUUCAUGCUGCUGCGACCUGUGGUCAUGCCACCUUAUGCAAACUUCUCAUAGACAGGGGGGCCGAACUGUUAGCUGUGAAUGCAGACGGCAACAUGCCGUAUGAUAUAUGUGAGGAUGACACCACUCUAGACUACAUUGAAUCGGAAAUGGCAAAAAGAGGGAUAACUCAGGAGCAGAUUGAUGAGACAAGACUGACCAUUGAAAGACAGAUGUUGAGGGACUUGAAGGAGCUUGCAUCAAGUGGUGGUGAUCUGGAGUUCCGAGAUGCUGUUGGUGCUACCAUGCUUCAUGUGGCUGCAGCUAAUGGAUAUACAGAAGUGGCAGAGUUUCUGAUGGACCAGCAUGUCAGUGUGGACCCCAGGGACAAUGAAUCGUGGCAGCCAGUGCAUGCAGCUGCGUACUGGGGGCAGCUCGACAUUUUAGAGUUACUUGUACAGAAUGGUGCUGACUUGGAUUCGAAAACCAAAAACGGAGAAACUCCAUUUGAUCUGUGUGAGGAACCAGACAUCAAACAGAGGAUUCUAGACAUGAAAGAUGAGAUUGAAACACACAAGGCAAAUCGACUACGGCCAGGCUCGUCUAGAAAGUUGAAGCAUAUCUCUCGGAAUACAUCAAUACGGCGGAGUUCCUUGCGGGGUGAAAAAAGCAGUUUAUUCAAGAAAGAGGCUCAAGAGGAAGCUAUGCACUUUGGGAUGCGACUGAUGCAAGAUGACGAAGAUCUCGGGGUUCUGGAUGAAGAAAAAGAAAACAUGCCAGCAACAAACAUUGAUGAUGUGUCGACGACGUUUGACGAACAUGACCACAGAAAGACCACUGGGUCACCUCAACUUCCCCCAUUUUCAUCAUCGACAAACAACAAAGACCACCGAUAUUCAGACCGUCUGCCAGACGGCAAAGUUAAUAGACCAGGCCAGUUAGCAGAUGACAGACCACUUUUGACCGGGUCAUCGGGCUCAACUUUAACUGACCUGAAGAAACAUCGCAGCGAUGUUCGUAGAGAUUCUCUUAAAGAUACUCUCGAUGCCCAAUUUCAAAAGAUGUUUUUGGAGACAGUUCCUCAAAUCAAUAACCGAAACUCGACUGCAUCAGUCACAUCAAAUUCUACUCCUUAUCAACAUCUUCACAUUUACCCGCCACCGAUGAUGGAGAAAGCAAAAAAUGGACAUAACAGCAACAGCAGCACAACUUCUGCAUCACUUACAAGAUCAGGCUCUACUUCAAGUGGACCUCACUCUAGUUUUAGGGAAGGUCAGUUACGGAAAUUUGUGGCACCAUCUAAUGCCCCUGUGGUGGGUGGCGACGAGAAGCAGAAAUGUUGCGUUAUAUCAUAG